AUGCCAUUUUCAUACAUGAACCACAGCUCGAGAUGUAGGGAGAUCCAAAAUGCUUCCUGGGGUAUCAGGACCCCAGUCGGGAUCGAACCAUCCAUCGAGAUGUACGAGGCAAUAAUUAUUAUGUUGGUGACCGGCUUCCUCGCUCUAAUGGUUGCUGUUUUGUUCACUGCUAUACGAAAACAUGUCUACAAAGAUCAGGAUGACCAAGUGGACACGUCGUUCGACGCCGGUGGCAAAGUGAAUGCCGGACUGACAGCCACAACCAUUGUCUCGCAGUGGACCUGGGCGGCCACUUUGCUGCAGUCAUCCACCGUCGCUGCUAAGUAUGGCAUCAGUGGCUCGUUUUGGUAUGCUGCAGGUGCAACAGUGCAGAUCAUGCUGUUUUCCAUGUUGGCCGUUCAGCUAAAGACACGAGCUCCAGGGGCUAAAACUUUCUUGCAAGUGAUCAAGGCCCGAUUCGGGAGGCGCAGUCAUAUUGUUUUCUGCUGCUACGCGUUAACAACCAAUAUUGUUGUCACCGCCAUGUUAAUGUUGGGUGGCUCCGCUGUGAUUAAGGCUCUGGUAAAAGUCAUCAGCGUCGAGUACGCAACCACCCUCGUGGCCGCCAUCAUCGGAGGCUACACCUUCAUCGGAGGGCUGGGAGCCACCUUCUACGUCAGCUACUUUACCACUGUCAUGUUGUACGUCAUUAUCCUUAUCUUCAUUUUCAACGUUUAUGAGGACUACGGUGACAGCAGCAACGUUUUGGGAAGUGCGGACAAACUCUUCGACUUCAUCUCUUGUGCAAAAGGCCCAGAUGGAAACAAGGGCAACAGUUAUCUCACCUUGGUCUCCGACCAGGGCCUCAUGUUUGGUCUCAUUAAUCUUGUGGGCAACUUCGGUGCAGUCUUUGUCGACCAGUCCUACUGGCAGAGUGCCGUAGCCGCAAAACCCAAGCAGGGUGUUAUAGGAUUUCUUCUUGGCGGUUUCGCCUGGUUCGCCAUCCCCUUCUCCUUUUCUACAGCCAUGGGGUUAGGCUAUGUGGCUCUCUGCGCUGAGCAGGGUCAAGGACUUCUUAGUGACGCCGAGGUUAAUGAAGGUUUAGUGGCACCGUUAGUCGCUCAUCGUCUGCUCGGCAAAACAGGCGAGCUCCUCAUUCUGUCCAUGGUGCUCUUGGCGGUGACGUCAACAGCUUCGGCUGAGGUCAUGGCUGUGGCCUCCAUUAUUAUUUACGACAUGUAUGCCCAGUAUUUGAAGCCUUAUAGGUUAACCACAGAUACCAACAGCUGUAUCCUGUGCGGGCGAGGUCGGGGACGACUGGCAAACCCAAGAGACAAGUGUGUUUGCAUUAGCAUGACCUUCUGCACCUCUUGUCAUCAAGACACGAAAGCAAGGAACGAGUGUUUACGAGCUAUCAAACCCGAUUACCGAUGUCCGUGCCAUGGAAGUUACCGAGUCUACAACGACUAUCUCGGACAUCUGACAAGAUGGACUGUUAUAUGGACAACUAUGGCUGUUAUCCCCUUUACUAUUAUUCUUUAUACGAUUCAGGCCAGUCUGGGUUGGGUCUAUCUUUUCAUGGGCAUUCUAAACGGGUCAGCGGUCAUUCCAAUCACACUGACUAUGUUCUGGGAGAGACUUACCUGCGAGGGCAUGAUAUCAGGCACUAUCGGAGGAACGAUCAUUGCCCUAUGUGUAUGGCUUGGUGUGGCUUCUACAUAUGAGGGUGGGCUCUCAGACUGGUGGAAUAGUACAGGUCAGGAACUGGCCAUGUUGUCCGGCAACCUGGCGGCCAUCCUGGCCGGCGGACUCAUCACGGUCGUGGUCAGUUUGGUCAGGAACAUCCGGUUCGACCCCAGCACGGGUGUUGAGAUAUGGGAGACAACCAGGGACAUUGACAAUCCUUUGUCCCCAUGGAUGGAGAAAUACCAAAGAAAACUGAACCUCUAUGGGUCACACAGACUUGAGAAUCGACCUAGCCUCCAAGAAGUACAAAAAGCAUUCAAGGGGGCCAAAAAUAUGGCCUAUUUCAUGUCAACGAUUGUGUCUGGAUGUUUGGUGAUUCUCUGGCCAGCAGCGAUGGUGGCUACGGGAGUGAUGUCAAGGACAGAGUUUCAUGGUUGGGUAAAAUUAUCGGAGGUCUGGGCGUUUCUGUCCAUGUUUGCCAUGACUGUCCUACCACUAGUCAAUGAGAUUUGGGACGUGUGGGCGCAUUAUACAGCCAAACAAAAGGUACGUAUUCUUUAG